GUCGUUUCGGGCGAUGAGCGACGUCGAACUGCCCUUGUCCGGCGCACGACAAAGGGUCCCCUCGACGAUGACAUAGUUGAUGAUCCCCUUGCCGAAAGCGCACCCACUCAACCCUCUCGUAUCCGCUCUCCAGUACGUGCUGAGGCAUCUCAACAACCACACAAUGGCCCAACUCGUGGCAUCGACGACAUGCCGUCCAAAGACUUUAGUUUCCUGCAAGACCCACAAGCAUACCACGUCCUCUCCGUAACCAAUGUACCUCCACCUUUUCUCAAUGCGCCCCAUGCGCCGCCCGUAUCCUCGCCUAUAGACUCACUACUAUUAUCCGGACACUACCGUCUUGCUGCUGUUGCUGCCGCGCGCAACCUCGUCUCAGCUGCGCCAGGCGACCAUGACACACUAUUCCAUUUGGUACAUAUCCGCCUAGCAUGUCUCUGUCUAUUGCAAGAGCAUGCGCUGGCUGCGCAGGAAGCGAAAGUUUUGGGCGAUUUGAAUAGUGCCUUCUACAGGCACCCUCUCACCAACGCGCAUCUCGUGCCUUGGGAUCUGCGACUUUUGGUGGUGCGACUGGCUGCGCUGGGGUAUGGAGAGUGGCGCAAGGGCAUAAUGGGAUACUAUGAGCUUGCGCGCGAGUGUCGGGAGAACAUACUCAGGCGUCCAGACGACGAAAAGCCAAUGUGGCGGUCUCGAUUACGAGACUGUGGUAUUCGCGUCGCAAACGUUCUGGUAGAGAUGGGCGAUCUCGAGGGCGCGGGAAGACAUCUGGGCACGCUCGUUGCUGAUGGUGAGCAAUCGAGAGAGAUUUCCAUUAUGGAGACACUGGUGUGGUUGAGGGUGGGCGACAUGCAGUCAGCACGGCGUUGUCUAGCACGAGCUUCCGAGGUAUCCCCAGAUGAGUUGGUGGACGACACACUCAGAGCCCUUGUUCAGUUGGCUGACGCCGACUAUCCCGCUGCGACGGCUUCCUUUGAGGCUCUUCGCGAGAAGUUUCCCGAAGAUGCCAUGGUUGCGCAGAACCUCGCCGUCUGUUUGCUUUACACAGGACGCAUCUCGGAUGCGGCUAAUAUCCUGAGCGAGCUGGUAGACCAGAGUCCGCCUUUCCACUCACUAGUUUUGAAUUUGAGCACAGUGUAUGAGCUCUGUACUGAGAAGAAUAGAGAUAAGAAACUCGCCUUGGCAGAGAAGAUGGCGAGUAGGAAAGGGGGUGAUGGAGUAGGAUGGGAGCUGAGCAAUGCCGAGUUCAAAUUGUAGAUAGUGAACACUGGCUCUGUUCAUCUUAGCUUUACCACAACGAUCGUGAACAGU